GGAGAAGGGUUGGAUUUCCCCCCACCUUGGUUUUGUGUACGCCUUGCUCAUCGCCAUCUUGGUUCUCGCCCCCGUCCAUCUGCACAUUUGCAAAGCUAUGCCGUCCUUUACUACUGAGCAGGUUGCCUCCCACAACACUGAAAAGGACAUUUGGAUCAUUGUCCACGGAAAAGUGUACGAUGUGACAUCCUUUCUAAACGACCACCCAGGAGGCAAAAAGAUUUUGCUAAAGGUGGCCGGAACGGAUGCGUCCAAGCAGUUUGACAACUUUCACAACAAGUCUGUUUUGGACAAGUAUGGACCUAAAUUGUACAAGGGCGAUAUUGGAGGUGCUGUUGAGGAGGUCAAGGGCGAGGCUGAGAGUGUAGAGUUGACUGGGUUGGAGGAGGGUGAGGCCUUUGGUGAUUUGAUUCCUUUUGGCGAUCCUUACUGGUACCAGGACUGGUAUUCUCCUUACUACAAUGAAAGUCACCGUCGUCUACGUGCGACUGUGCGCGCCUUUGUGGAAAAGGAGAUUAUGCCUUUCUGCCAUGAAUGGGAUGAGGCAAAACAGAUUCCCAAGGAACUGUUUAUCAAGGCUGCUAACGCGGGCAUCCUUGGCGCCAUUGUCGGACACCCAUGGCCUACAAAGUACGUUGAGAGAGGUCCCAUUGCUGGUAUCAAACCUGAAGACUUUGACGCGUUCCACGAGUUUAUUGUUUGUGAUGAGCUUUCCCGCUGUGGAUCUGGAGGUGUCCUUUGGGGUUUGAUUGGUGGUUUGGGUAUCGGACUCCCACCCGUCAUCCAAUUCGGAACGGACUACCUCAAGGACAAGGUUGUCAAGGAUUGCCUUGCUGGGCGCAAGAACAUUUGCUUGGCCAUUACCGAACCCGCUGCUGGGUCUGAUGUGGCUAAUUUGACCACUACCGCAAAGAAGACUGCUGAUGGAAAGCACUACAUUCUCAAUGGUGAGAAAAAAUGGAUCACCAACGGUGUCUUUGCAGACUACUUUACUGUUGCUUGCCGUACUGGCGGUCCGGGAAUGAAUGGCGUGUCUCUGCUGCUCGUAGAGCGUGACAUGCCAGGUGUGACUACCCGUCACAUGCCAUGCAUGGGUGUCUGGGCGUCCGGAACGACCUAUAUCACCUUUGAAGAUGUCAAGGUUCCCGUGGAGAACUUGAUUGGCCGGGAGAACAAGGGAUUCAAGUGCAUCAUGUUCAACUUUAAUCACGAGCGUAUGGGUAUUUGCAUCCAAGCCAACCGGUUCGCCCGUGUCUGCGUUGAAGAGUCCAUGCGUUACGCUCACAAACGCAAGACCUUUGGCAAAAAGCUCAUUGACCACCCCGUCAUCCGUAAUAAGCUGGGUCACAUGGUCCGCAAGGUCGAAGCGACCCACGCGUGGAUGGAAUCCUUGAUCUUCCAAACAACGACCAUGCCCCAAGAGCUUCAGAUGCUCAAACUCGGAGGACCGAUUGCAUUGCUCAAAGUCCAAGCUACCCAGACUAUGGAAUACUGUGCUCGUGAAGCUGCCCAAAUCUUUGGUGGGUUGUCGUAUAGCCGUGGUGGACAGGGAGAGAAAGUGGAACGGUUGUACCGUGAAGUCCGGGCGUAUGCCAUUCCUGGUGGGUCUGAGGAAAUUAUGAUUGACUUGGGUAUUCGACAGUCGGUCAAAGUUGCCCAAUUGAGUGGUGCCAAGUUGUAGAUGGGAUUACUACUCUAUUUACAUUGUGUGCAAGGUUUGGAAAUAUAUAAGAGGGCCACGUCCCCAAAUCACGUUAGAUAACAUUAGUGCAGUUUGGUUUUUGGAGUGUAGCUGGGGCGGGUUGUUGAUUGGGAUGUCGAGGUUAUGGUGAGCUGCGUUUAUAACAUUGCACACGCCACUUCCAGUUGUGGAUGGUGUUUGCCAUGCCUUGUGGUUUUGGUGCAGUAAAUUGCAUCCAUGAG